UUUCAGAGCAGCAGCAUCCCAGCCGGGUGAUUUCAGAGCAUCCCAGCGGGGUGAUUCCAGAGCAGCAGCAUCCCAGCAGGGUGAUUUUGGCAGCAUCCCAGCCGGGUGAUUCCAGAGCAUCCCAGCCGGGUGAUUUCAGAGCAUCCCAGCCGGGUGAUUGAUUUCAGAGCACCCCAGCCGGGUGAUUCCAGAGCAUCCCAGCCGGGUGAUUUUGGCAGCAUCCCAGCCGGGUGAUUGAUUUCAGAGCAUCCCAGCCGGGUGAUUGAUUUCAGAGCAUCCCAGCUGGGUGAUUGAUUUCAGAGCAUCCCAGCCGGGUGAUUUCAGAGCAGCAGCAUCCCAGCCGGGUGAUUCCAGAGCAUCCCAGCCGGGUGAUUUCAGAGCAGCAGCAUCCCAGCCGGGUGAUUCCAGAGCAUCCCAGCCGGGCGCUCCCGGAGCCGCAGCAUCCCCGCGGGGAUGCAGCCGUACCGGGGCAGAGCUGCCCCCGGGGUUGGGGCUGCGCCGAGCCCGGCAGCUUUCGGGUACCACAAGGAUGAUCCCAGCAGGCACGUCCCGCCCAUCCCCAACCCGAACUGCUACCCGCAGAUCUUUUGGGUGGAAGGCUGUGCUGAUGCUUCGGCUCCCCCCGGGGCUCCCUUCCCACCGCCGGUACCCGACCGGAGGAGGAAGCCACGGAACGACGGGGAAAGGAGGAGCGCCGGCUUCCUCGUGAUGUUCCUGCUGAUCCUGGUGGCCUUCACCGGAGUGGGGCUGAGCAUAUUUAAGAUUUUUCACCUGGAGAAGGAAGUGGAUGAACUCAGAGAGUCUGCCAGCGCUGAGCACAUCCCUCCAGCCUCCCAGAAACUCACGGGGCAGAAGGAGCAGCCUGUGCAGAAGGAGGCGAGGAGGGCGGCACAUCUGACAGGCAACCCAGCCCAGCAGGACCUCCCUCUGGAGUGGGAGCCCAUCUCUGGCCAUGCCUACACCAGCGGCAUCCAGUACCAGCAGCGGGGGCUGGUGGUGAGCGAGCCCGGGCUGUACUUCGUGUACUCCAAGGUGCUGUUCCGCGGCAGCGCCUGCGACAGCCAGCUCCUGUCCCACGUCGUCUACAAGAGGAAUCCAUCCUCUCCCGGCAGCCUGGUGCUCAUGGAGGACAAAGCCACCAAUUUCUGCACGGGGAAGAGGAUGUGGGCCCGCAACAGCUACCUGGGGGCUCUCUUCAAGCUCAGGAAGAUGGACAGUCUGCACGUCAACGUCUCCAAAAUCGCCCUGGUUAAUUUUGAGGAAUCCAAGACUUUCUUUGGUUUGUUUAAGCUUUGAAAUGGAGUGUGGCUGGCAGCCCCUUCACACACACACACACACACACACACACACUGUGAGGGCUGAGUGCUGCCUGGGCACGGGGACACCACAAAAGCCACCCAGAAAUCACAUUUGGGCUUCAGCAUGAGGGGAUUCAAGCAACUCAUAAAGGCUUGGAGAACACCAGGGCUGUGCUGCAUCAGCCUGAGCAGAAUUGCACGAGUUCUCCUUCCAAAAUCCCCCAACAAACUCGAGAUUUGGCGUGCUGAAGAGCCUGCUGGAACUCACUACUCGCUGCCUGAGAAGAUGGACCUGCUGCUCCCCGUGGCGUCACAGCCCUGCUGGGAGAGGUGCCGCGUUCAUUUUGUGCUCAAGUUAUGGAGCGUUCCCAUCCCAGAAAACGCUCCCCAACCACUUGAUUGGACUCAUCCCAGCUGCCAGGAUGGGCAGGAACACGCCAGGAGCAGCAGUGCCCUGAGGGGUGUCCCAGAAGCAACCCCUGGGGGAGGUGGGGUGGCCACAGGCUCUGCUGGUGCAAUGCAAGCAGCACAGCAGAGCAGGGCAGUGGGGCUGCAGCUGAAAGCAGCAUCUCGAGCCCUGCUCCUGCCCUUUCAGCACAUGAGGCUUCUCCAUGGAGGCCUGGUCUGCCACCGCUUUCCUGCUGCAGGUGGUGACAUGCUGGCACCACGCAUGGCUCCGGCCGGGCCCCUGGCCAUGAGUUCUCUCCUGAGCAGAACACAGAUGGUAAAUAUAUAUUUUUCUAGUGAGUGGUGCUGUCCUCUCCUCAUUUGGUGCAACCAGAGCACUGCAAGGCCUCUGUGAUGAGGAGUCAGAGCCUCAUUCCUUCUCCAGCAGCGUGGAGAAACCCGGGAUCCUCAUCCCUCUUUGCUGCCUGCUUGGCACAGGGCCCUUUCUGUGAGGCUUUGGAGCUCCAGCAUGGAAACACGGGGAUGUGGGGGUGGGGAAGGUGUGGUGUGGGCAGCACAGACAGAGCAGCCCAAGCCCGCUUUGGCCAUCAGGAAGGGGCUGAUCUCAAGGCAAAGUUUAGAGUGGAGCUGGGUGCUUGUGGCUGAGCAGAAGUGCUGCUGUCCCCAAAGGCACCACCUGUGCGACCUCUGGCCCCAGAAACUUCUCACAGAAUGGGCUGAAGGGCAAAGAAUCAAAGUGGUGUUCAAAAACCCCAAACCCUAUCUGUUCAUCCUGGUGUCUGCCCCACGGAGCCCCAACCCUGGGGCUGCCACUGCCACCAGGCAGGACACCGAGGCUGCAGCUGCGGUCCAUCCUCACCUGUGCCGUGCUCCUGCCUUCCUGCAGCUCUGCUGCUGCUCCUCAGCAGCCUGCAGCAUUUGUUUCCUUCUCCCUGGUGCUGCUCUCAGCUUGGUGGCCUGUGGUUUGUGUUGUCUGCUUCAGAGUUUGUUUUUUUGAAACCUCUCAGUGGUCUGGCUGCUGCUGUGGCCAGUGUGAGGGGAAAACUGCAGCCCUGUUCACACAACCAUGGCUGAUGUUUCCACUGCAUUUCUCAGGGUGGAAAAUACCUCAGAAGGAUGAAGUUUAGGGAUCUUCUUGUCACACUGUAUUGGGAACAGCAAAGUGACCACACAGACUCUCCAGUUGCACAAGAGAGCAAGUUUUAUUCUUCCUGAUCUUCUUUUCUAGACA